AUGACGAAGGUUUACCAGGCGUGGAAAGGCAGCAAUCGUUUCUUGUGCUGGGGGCGUUUCAUCUUCGGCCCGGACGUACGUUCGCUGGUCAUCUCCUUCGUCCUCAUCCUCGUGCCCGGCACACUCUUCUGCAUCUUCGUUGCUGCACCCUACGCGGGGAAGCUUCCAGGAGGCAUCGCUGUGCUCCCCGUUUCUAUCUGCUUCGUCAUCUGGAAUCUUUUCAUCCUGCUCGUGACAGCGAGCAGGGACCCGGGCAUCGUACCUCGCAACCUCGUGCCACCACAGCCAGAUGAGGAGGCGGGGGAGCAGGGAGCGGGAGGGGCGCCGAAGAAGCUGCCACGAGCCAAGGAGGUGGUGGUGAACGGCCACACGGUCAAAGUGAAAUACUGUGACACGUGCCUGCUGUACCGGCCGCCCAGAUGCUCCCACUGCAGCAUAUGCGACAACUGCAUCGAGAAAUUCGACCACCACUGCCCGUGGGUGGGGCAGUGCAUUGGCCGGCGCAACUACCCCUUCUUUUUCCUCUUCGUCACCACCACCACGCUGCUCUGCAUCUUCGUCUUCACCCUCUCAGCCUUCUACAUCAAACUCCUCGUAGACAACUCCUACCCGGGCGCCAGCGGAGAGAGCAUAUCCCUUUUAGAGGCGCUGGGAAAGGGGUACAUGGCGGCGGUGCUGAUGGUAUACACGUUUAUCAUGGUGUGGUUCGUUGGCGGGCUGACGGGCUUCCAUUCCUUCCUCAUCUCGCGCAACCAGACCACAUAUGAGAACUUUCGAGCGCGCUAUGAGAAGAAAGCCAAUCCCUACAACCGUGGCUGCCUGCGCAAUUGGCGCUCCGUGCUCUGCUCGCCCAUCCCUCCCUCCCGCCACAACUUCCGAGCCGACGCCCCCGAACCUCCCCCCGCCGUACCUCCCGUUACCGACCCUGCCUCCUCUUCCAACCGUGCUCUGAUACCAACGGCGAAUACCAACGGGCACGCGCAUGACGACGCGCAGAGGAACGGAAACGGGGUGCCGUACAUGAAUGGUUUGGUCCCCUAUGCCCCGUAUGCUCAGUACAAUUCGACGCCAUCACCAGUCAAUAAGAGGCAGUCAGAAUAUGAUUUAGUAGAAGCAACACGACUGACAGAUGACGAAGGAGGGAGGAUUGCGGAUCAGAUAGUGGAGCUUGGGAGAAUGCCGGAUGGUUAUAUGGCAGGUGGAGCCGGGGACGAGAGUGUGGAUAGCAGUGGCGUGCCGAGGAGUGUGAGUGGGGGCGGGAGGCGGAGUGGGAGUGGGAGGCGGAGAGGGGAGGAGAUUGCGGUGCUGGAAGGAAGUGAAGGGAAGGAACGGAGAGAUGAAGCGGGUGGUGGUGAAGAGGUGGUGGUGGAUGUGCCAAGUGCAGGGUGA